AUAGAAAUACCAAACUAUGAUAGUAGUGCCAACCCAGAUAAAAAAUAUAAACAGUUAUUUCCUUACAUGCCAUCAGACACAUUUCGGAUGUUAAUCUGUGGAAACAGUGGAAGUAGUAAGACUAAUCUGUUGUACCACAUGUUAAUUAAACCACUACUGUAUUAUGAUGAGAUUUAUCUUUACGCGCGUAAUCUAGAACAGGAUAAGUAUCAAAAGUUAAUUCAGAAAAUGAGGGAGUUGAGUAGUAAACUGGGAUAUGAAAUACUUCAUGUGAGUAAUGAUGAAAUAACCCCGGUGACAGAAAUGGAUUAUGAAGACAAUCAAAAACUUGUGAUAUUCGAUGACUAUGUUUGCGAUCGAAAUCAAAGACAACUGAUUGAUUAUUUCAUUCAAGGACGACAUAAGAAUUGUUCGGUGGUGUACCUCAGUCAGUCGUUUUAUAAAACACCAAAAGAUAUUCGGCUGAAUUGUUCUCAUUACUGUUUAUAUGAAUUUCCAUCAUCGAGGGAAUCCAACAGAAUAUCAUCUGAUCAUGAGUUAGGAGUUAAUAAAGAAGAUUAUAAAGCAGCAACUAAAAAACCGUAUUCAUUUCUAUACGUUGAUAAACUGAAAAAACGUAUUGCAAAAAACUUUACUGGUAAUAUAAUCAAUAAUUAA